AUGUUGCGAAUCAAUUCAACUAAGGCAAUGGCUCGUUGGGCUAUUCUGAUGAUAGUAAUAACCGGCUUUCCUUUGUACCAACUUAGCGACUUCAGACAGUUACAAGCACAAAAACCUAUCUGGCAUGCGAGCCUAGUAGCAAUACUACACCCACACCCAGCUACUGAUACGAACCAAAAUGAACUAGAAUAUACUUGCAAGCAAACAGUUAGGGCGAGAAGCAACAGGAACUAUGUUCAAAUUAUAAUCAGCAACCAUACUGUUCAGUUAAUGUUUGACCAAAACACAACAUUAGAUCAAUUUAGAAAUAUCAAUAGUAGUCUGCAGGAGAUUUCCUCUAUCGUUUUGAAUAAUCUUAUUGUGCCCGAGUUCUCUAUAAGAGGUUCGCCAGAACAAAAUCAAGUGUUGCUUUACACAAUACUAAUCCUAAGGGCCAGGAGAGUUUCUAUCAUCGACAAACAACCAACAGCGAUAACAGAAUCAGAUUUAAGCAACUGUUCGCAGGCCACUCGUUCUUUAUUGUCUCAGAGGCAGACCAAUCUAAACCCGCCUAGAGAUCACUACAGCAUAGGCCAUCUCAGAUUAUAUAGUAACUACACGACCACAAUCUAUUUCUUUUGCGUAUUUGAGUACUUGCCUCUGUUCAAAACCAUCAAAAUCUAUAACUCCUACAAAUGCUUGGAUGACAAUGACUUUAAAACAGCACAAAACAUCAAUUUAGUCGAUGGCUGGAUACCGUCCAUAUCUAAUCGAAACGAAGGGCCUACUUCAUAUCCUCUAUACUUCCCUCGACUGGAAGCAGAUUCGGGGACCAUAUGGAGAGUUUUUGCUGUUUAUGACAGACCCAAUCAGGAUAUGUGUCCUUUUGUUCUGGAAAUAGACCUUCAAAGGUUGGUAGAUGAGUCGCUUUAUAAAUCUCCACAACUAGGCAAGAGGAAGUUAAGGAAUGAGAGAGCAGUCGACAAGUUCGACAUAAACACUAUAUGCAAUGCCUCCAAGUAUAGCUUAAUUAUUCUCAAAUAUAACUUAAGCCAAUCCCAAUCAGCGGCGGAUGUUAUGUCUUGUAUUGUGCCGGUUCUUAACAAGCUGGCCACUUAUAACAUUCAGAUAAGAUUGGACGGACUUAAUUUUGAUAUGGACUACCACACCAACACAAUACAUACUUGGGUUGAUAGGCGUAAGGUUGGGCAGAACUUCUAUUCCUCCUACCCUGUCAUCCAAGGCGACCCAAUCGAAAUUAUGUUGGCAUCUUUAGAGGUUAGCAAUAUAUCUGCCGGCGCUCUGAUUUACCUUGCUAAUAACUUAAUCCCAGCGGCAGGUUCUCUUACAAUCAAAGUAGUUGAUAGAUUUCGAGCCAAAGAUCCAAAGGGCUUCAUUUUUAUGGCACAAUUAAUCGUUAGUAUUCAAAGCUAUUCAAAGAAAACAGUCAUCUCAAAUUCGUCAAAUAAGAUCAAGCUAAACUUUAAUGAUCUUCUUCUUUCCUGUCCGGCACUAACCGAAGAUGAAAUAGUUGAAAUGUACCAAUUAGCACAGGCUAGCCCCGUAAUCACAAUCUACACCGCCGAGGAAUUAAUAGAAGAUUGGAACAAUGCAUAUGAACAGAACAAUGAUAUGCUAGACUUUAUCCACAUGCUCUUUUAUCUAUGCUCUUCGGUUUGCAGCGAUCAGCAGAGCAGCAGUAAUUUGGGCACGAUAAAGAGUGUUAUAAAGGCCGGUUUCUAUGCUUAUUGGAAGAGAUUUAGUGACAUUAGCAGUAGUAUAGAAAAGUCAACAGGUAGAUGCUUUAUACUAAAAUGUAGUUACACACAAGCUGUAGAUGAACUGGAUAAGCACCUAAAAAAGGUCCAGUUGAUAACUUCACCAGAGUCGCUAUUCGGUUCCACGGCCUGCAUUCAGUUCAACUUAGACCACCAAAACCAAUACGGUCUAAUCGAGCUAAUCAGCCGUCUUGUUGGCUUCUUCUUGGACCAGAACUUUUCUAUAGGCCAACUUCGCUUUCGCGGCAUAAUUAGUGGGCAUAACUGGAAUUUACUUCACCAGGCAAUCAUGCAGACAUAUACACCGAAGUAUAGAGGGAUAUUGAUCCCGAAAACCACCAUCCACUUUGACUUUAUUGAUGUCUCUGGCCAAGCAACGUAUAGCCACACAUUACGGCCAUCCGGCCUGAAUUAG